AUGAGUUUCAAAGACACGCAAGACUACGAGCGCUACACCUGUCUGACCGGUGGUCGACCUGAUGAUAAACUACCACCCCUAGACUUCCAGAAUGGAUCUGUCCGCCUCGUCCCUGGCGAGGUCUGGUGCCGAUGGCGAGAGGAUAUCAGCGAGAUCCUGUGCGACUCCGAUGGGUACCAUGACGAGCGAUCCCUACGCAAACACUAUGAACGAGUCCAUGGCGCAACACUCAGCGAAAAGCAUCCCACCGAAGGAGAAAGGAAUCAAGGAAUGAUCUCGAGAUGGUACGCAGACGUUGUGAACGGAUUUCAGCCCUCUUGGCCCCGUUCCGUCCAGACUGCUCGACUAGCUACCCGUGACCUAGCCUCGGGUUCCGUGCAUAACCAAGUAGACUACAAGAGUGCAGUCAGACUCGCCCGGCUAUUCAAAAAGCAUAGCCCAGAUGUGCCCCCAAAGGUCGGAGAAGAGCUGCGUGACAUGCUCGUCAGCGGUGCGUUCCGGCACACAGAAGACUCUUUGGAACAGCCUAUCAGGCACCAGCUCAGCAAGGAGAUGUUCGAUGCUGUCAACAACGAGCCCAAGUGGUGUGAUAUCACGUACGAACGGUGA